CCGUACCCCGUCGACAUUCCGGACGGGUUACGCGACGUCACCGUCACCCGCAACCAGCUGUCGGGCCGCUUUGGAGGCAGUCCUAUGGAAAUGUUCCCCAAACCCAAGGCCGAAGACCUGGCCCGACACGGUCGCGACAACUUUUUGUGCAUCAACCCCGUGUGGAACCCGCACGCACCUCUACGACCUGGACAUACCGGCCUUCUCUUCGUGAUGAGAGAAAUACAUCCCAUCAAGCAGGCGCUGUUCGUUCGGCUACAGUUGAACAAAUGGCAGUACAUGGGUGACUACGAGCUCCCGUCCUUCACCCCGCUUUCAGCGGAGCGCUGGCUGGCUCUACCCCAGGAUUCGAAAAAAACGUGGGUCAAAUCGGUCAUGAAGAAGGAAUGGGCCAAGCCCAUUCGCGCCCGCAUCAGCCUACGCAUCUCUCUUGGGCGGGAGCCGAUGCAAGAUGAGGUUGACGGAGCAAUGGAACGCUCUGUCAAGAUCACCGACAAGGACGUCGCUGCCGCCUUGAAUGACGGCUCUGAGCGCAUCCGAGUUUGGACGCUGAAAUGUGUCGGUUACGACGAAGAGCUGGGGCGAAUCUGUGCCGAAAUCUCCGGCACCCGGCCUCAGAGUACGUCGCGUCCGCAGCGUCGUAGAUCUCGUCAAGGAUAA